AUGGCCGAACCGCAAGAUCAGGAGAUCACUCUGGAGGACGAGUAUGACGAGGAAGCCGACAGUGACUUCGAGGCAGAAGGGUCUGAUGCUGAGAAUCCGUCAUCUGCGUCCGAGGAUGAAGAGGGCGGCAUCGCAGAUGCGCCUGAGCGGCCCCGCAAAAGACGAAAGACAGAAAAGACGCAGGGAGUGUUGAUCACCGAGCUCGAUUCAGGUGACGAAGCAACUAUUCGGGCGCAGAAGAAGGACCAAAAGAAGGUUGAAAACGCGAAGGGCGCUGCAGCAGAAGACGCUGGAAAUCAGACAGAGGAAUGGCGAGCUCGCACUCGUGCAAUGCGUACAAAAGAGAAAGAGGAGCGAACAAGACGCAAGCUAGCAUCAAGCAAAGGCAGCACCAUUGACGUGGACAAACUAUGGGAAGAGAUGAACAGGCCGGCGUCACUGCCUCCACCGCGCAUUGAAGAGGACGACCAAGCUCUCAACCAAGUACAGCAGUCAGGUCUCACAGACAAUUCCAGAAGUCUGAACAUUGUCAGCGGAGAUAGCGAGAAGGAGAAUGUGCCAGCCAACAACGGGGAAGCGACAAUCACAAUCAAGAGGGCGUACAAGUUUGCUGGUGAAGUGCACGUUGAAGAGAAGACUGUCCUCAGAUCGUCAGCAGAGGCACAGUUGUGGCUCUCUCAACAGCGACCUUCAGAAGGCAAUGGCCCGGCAGCCAAUGGAAAGCUUGUCAAUCGGCCACUGCGUAAAUUUUCGCGCUUCGACCCGAACCUCAGCAACAUGGACGCCUUCAAAGGCGCCUGGGGUGCUAGAAACGUGCAGAACACCAAGUUCAGAGGUCCUAAGCUGAAUGUCGUGGAGAAGAGCAAGAUGGACUGGGCUGAGCACGUUGAUACUGAGGGUCUGAAAGAGGAGCUGGAUUUGCAUGCCAAAGCAAAGGAGGGCUAUCUGACGAGAAUGGACUUCUUGAGAGGAGUCGAAGAGCGCAGAGAUGCUGAAGCCAGGGCGGUAAGACUCAGAGCACGUUGA